AUGUUUUCCACGAUUGUCGCAGUGAUUUUUGCAGUGAUUGCAGCACUUCUCGCAUAUUAUUAUAAUGAUCUAAAAUAUACUCUCGAAUUGCUAGGAUAUUUUCGUGAUGCAGUUCCGUACGAUGGUAGUAAAAACUGUCGUAUUAUUUCAGGCCCAACGUCAUGCGAAGAUAUUGUUAUUCAUCAUCCAAGUGGAUACGCUUUUAUGGCAUGUGCUGAUUCAGGAAUAAAUAGAUUGACGCAAUAUUGGCCUCCGCUUGGCACUUUUGCUAAUAUGAGUUAUGAACCACGUGAUUUAGCUUGGGUUUACAAUAUUAAAACGAAUGAAGCUUCCGUUUUGACAUUUAAAAACCUUCCUGAAGAUACGGAUUUAAGUUUUCAUGGAUUAGGAAUUUACGACGAUGAUUCAACGAAUCAUACAAAAUUAUCGCUUUUUUUUGUGAAUCAUCGUCGAACCGGAAGUGUAAUUGAAAUCUUCGAACAUACAAUAGGCACUAAAGAACUCAUACACUUAGAAACCGUCAAACACGAAUUAAUAUAUACACCAAAUGACGUUGUGCCAGUUUCGGCAAAUGAAUUUUUUGUGACGAAUGAUUUUCGACACAGACAUAAAGGCAUAAUGCGAAAACCAUGGAGCAAUGUAGUCUUUCAUUCAUCUGCUUCAAAUAUUACUCGUAUCGCUGCGGAUGGAAUCGCAUACCCAAAUGGAAUUGCGGCGAAUUGGGAUAAAUCAAUAAUUUACGUUAUUUCCACAAGUGAUGGUGAAGUGAUCUUAUAUGAACGACGACAAGAUAAUAGAAUAAUUGAAUUAGAAAGGAUACGACUAGGUUAUCCAGCAGAUAAUGCAGCAAUUGAUGAAGUGACUGGAGAAAUAUAUAUUGCUGGAUUCCCGAAAGUUUUGAAGAGUAUUGCAUACUUUGAAGAUCCAAGUGGAAAAUAUCCAAGACCACCGAGCGUAAUAUUGAAAAUCUCAAAUAACACUGAUCCCGAUCGAUACUUUGGCAAAAAGUAUAAAGUAUCCAAAGUUUUGGAAGACAAUGGUGAAUUCUUCCAUUCAUUCUCGAUUUCUGCUGUUGAUCAUAAGAGAAAUGCUUUAUUGUUGGGUUCCAUCUUUAAGGAAACUUGGAGAUGUGAUUUAAAGUAA